AUGGCUCCUUCGCACGACGCAGACGGGUCGGAAGACGUUAACGACUUUCUGGUUCGCAUCCGAGAGCUGGGGAACAAGCGGGACAAGGAAGACGAAGAGCGCACGCGAAAACUGGAGGAAGAGAUACUGCAGGGCCGCCGAGAGAGACAGGCCAGGAGAGCCGAGCGCGCUCGAUCAAUUUCUCCCACCAAGGACUCGCCCCUCCAGCAACAACUCGACGAGCUGAUACAGAGGGACUCUGCCUCAUCGACACCACUAUCUCACUCGAUACAGCCCCCAGUCGACCUGGUGCCAUCGUCUUUGGCCUCCAGGGACAGCAGUGGCCUGCCCAGACGCGACUCCGAGGUGCGCCAGCCGGAAACAUCGCCUAAGCAGUCCUCGCCAGAUAUCACGAAGACUUCCCCCCUAGGGGGCCGGCCAUUGUCCUGGAAACAGCGUCCUAUGUCGCGGGACCAAGGAUCGCCGACUUCUACCACCUUAAAACCGGCCAGAGAAGAAGAAGAAAAGCCUGCUACAGAUACGAGUACGGCGGGCGGCGCUGACGAAAUGGAGGAGGAUGCUGUAGUGUCUCGAACACAGAUUGCUCAGUCUCUCGGGUCGAAAGACCCGUCUUUCUUUAAGCAGACCAGUGACAGAGGAGACGGCUCGCGUGCAUAUAGAAGAGCUCAUACUUCCUCCUUCUCUGAGGCGUCUACCAACCAAUCGAGUGUCAAACUGCCGGGACUCAGCCGGGAAGCCGUCAGUGAUCUCAGUAUGCGUCCCGCAUCUGAGCUAGGUGAGGAGAGAUCGCGUUCACCGUCGAGGACAAGCUCUGUAUACGGUGCCAGUAGCUUUGGGAACAGGUACUCGAGCGUGUCUUCUGUGACAACAGCAGGACUGGGGUCGCCGGUGCCGUUGACAAGUUCCCGGCGACAUGAACGGGCAUCAUCUAUAUAUGAAGAACAGCAGACAGGUGACCAUUUGACCAUGUCUCCUACGCAGGGCCGUUUGGCCUCUGAUAACAGGCCUCCAUCACCAACCAAGGGCCUCGGCGGGUUCGUCCAGAGUGCCAUGCUGAAACGGUCCGACAGUGUGUCUAAACGCUGGAGCGCGCAACUCCCUGUGAACACCCUCCGCGGAGGCAAUACCAGGCCUCUACCAUCACCCGCAAUGUCUCCAGAAGGGUUUUCGGGUCUGCCUUCACGGCCUGGCUCGCGGCCCGACUCUCGGCCUGGAUCUAGCCAUAGUGAUGCAACAGUGGUUCGUGGAGAGGGGGAUGAUGCAUCGGUAAUAAGCAGAUCAACGGAUACCUAUACUAGGCCUCCAUCUCGGCGCAGAGAAUCAGUGAGUACAGCCAGUGGAAGGGAUUCAGGUCUUCCUGUAAGUCCGUCCAAGACCAUGGAUCCAAGAAGAUGGAGUCCGACAAAAGCAUCCUGGUUGGAAAGUGCCCUCAGCAAACCAGACUCCCCGAAGCUAAAACCUCGUGUGCCAGAGGAGCCGGAAUGGAAGAAAGACCUAACGGAUAGGCUCCGGAAGGCAAAGGAACUGAACCAGCCAGAGAAAACAGAUACUUCAGAGUCUGAGAAGGCUGUAUCGGCUGCAGGAAGCAAACUGGACCGUCCCAGCUCACCAGAGAAACUUGACAGCCCACCAUUGAAGUCACCUUCUGAUCUGAAAAUACAUCCCCCUCAGGAGACCAGAGAACCUUCCUCAAGCCCUAGCCCUUCUGAGGUUCGAUCUCCAAAGGAUUUAACCAAGUCACCUCCCAUCCCAGCAAAGAGUGAAUUCCUAAAGUCAGAAACAAAAGGAUCCGCCCCAUCUCCAACCCAAGAUACCCCCUCCAAACCAGCUGCACCCGGAGUAAAAUCCUCCCAAAUAGAUUUCCGUGGCAACCUACGCCGUCGUGAAACAGUUGAUGAUAGCAUUAGAAAAGAUGAGCCGGAGUUCAAGGCAGUCUUUGGUAAAUUACGACGUGCCGAAACUAAGAAUUAUGUUGCACCUGAUGAACUCAAAGGCAACAUACUUCGUGGGAAAGCUGGCCUGACCGUUACUGGGGGCCCCAAGAAAACUGAACGGGUGGACGAAUUCAAAGAGAGUCUCUUGAAGCGCAAGGAAGCAAUGAAAGCUGCUGGUGGAUCAAUUCGUCCCGAUCAUACUGGCUCUGCCAAUAACCAACCACCAAAAGAUUCUACUCCAGAAGCUAUUCUCGUGAGACAAAACCUUGGUAGAUCGAAUAGUAUACGGAGCACCUUUGGAUCAAAAAAUCCACCAGCCAAACCAAUAUCAAAGCCGGCAGCCCUUCGUUCACCUUCUUCUGAAGAGAUUCCCACUGAGAAAGAAAACCAACCACCUCAGCCCUUGGAAACUCCACCUACGAAAUCUCCUAUCCCGUCACCACCUGCAGAAAAGGAAACUCGUGCACCUACCUUUGCUGCUUCUACUGCUACCGUGGCUGCAGCUGCAGCAACUUCUCCUAUCAACGAUGCAGCUCCAUCUCCCGCAACAAAAGGCAAGCUUGGUAAUCGAAUGAAUCCCAUGCUAGCAAAUCUCAUUGCUCGAGGACCUCCAGCGCCAUCGAAGUCUGCCUCUCCUGCGUCUGUGUCGACAAUCUCAACCUCUGAGCCAUCUACACCAGAAGCGCUGACACACAUGACGAAGUCUCGCGCUAGAGGGCCCAAGAGACGCUUGCCUAAGGGUACUACAAAGGAGUCUACUCCAGCAGCAGUCAAACCUAAUGACCCUGCUCCAGAGAAGUUAUACGAAUCCAGCCGUUUGCCUUCAAUAGAGACAGAACCAGCUGCUACACCAAAGCCGUUGAACUUGGAAGUCAAACAUAAACAUCUAACAUCAAACAGAGAAGAGAACAAACCCGAGGUCCCCCUCCAUUCAUCCCUACCUUCUACUCCCUUGAUAGAGCGCCAGCUAUCUAAACCAGAUCUUGUAGCACCCAACCGAUCAAACAGCAGCCCUGCUGAAAAUAAGGACAAGCCUAGCCCUCCACCAAAAUCCGCAAACCUCUCUACUUCUCCGCUCAAUCUUAAAAAGCAGGCCUCGGUAGAUGACUCCCCCGUACCUCAAAAGGCACGACCAGAUUUUCCGUCAGAGAAGAAGCCGAAUCAAUCUGAGGCGAAGAAGCCUGGGCUAACGGAUUUCACUACUUUAGCUCCACCACGUCUGGGAAAGCCCUCGUUCUUAUCGGGCUUGAAUACUAACCGAACAAGAGAACAAUCGCGCUCCCCGUCACCGACCAAAACCCCAGCAUUCGCUCAAAGCUCUGAAGUAUCUCAAAUGUUUUCGAACUUCUUCCUCAGUCGGCCAACUGCUGAAGAUAAAGUAGAAAUCGAUCCCGCAUCGGUUAUGAUGAGCAGACCAGGCACCUAUCCUAAGAUCAAAACCCUUGCAAAACAGGUCUGGGAGUUGGCUGGUGAUGGAAAGAGAAAAGACUUACCAGGCAACCAAGAGUACAUCUUGUUCGAUGAGAGCAUGUAUCUCUGUGUUCACACGUUCGAGAAAUCUUCCGGAGGUAGAGCAACAGAGGUACACCUAUGGUGUGGCGACGGAGUCGGAGAAGCAGCCGCCGAAGACACACAGCUCUUCGCUCGCAAAGUCGCGAGGGAGCACAAUUGCAAACUCGAGCUCUUGAAGCAGGGAAAAGAAACACCAAACUUCAUCCAAGCCCUCGGCGGCAUCAUGAUCACGCGGCGAGGACCAAGUAGUCGAUCUAAUUCGUCAACGCAAUACAUGCUUUGCGGAAGAAGACACAUGGGCCAAAUUGCAUUUGACGAGGUCGACCUAUCAAUCAGCAACCUCUGCUCAGGCUUCACAUACAUAAUAUCCGGCAAAAACGGCAAACUCUUCCUGUGGCAAGGCCGUGGAAGCACGGCCGAUGAAAUUGGCUGUGCUCGUCUGAUUGGAAUGGACAUUGGGCUGACGGGUGAGAUCGAAGAAGUUGCCGAAGGCCAGGAACCGAGCAGCUUCUUCGAAUCCUUCCCUGGCCAGGAAAAAGCAGUGUUCCCGUCAGCAGACUACUGGCAGCUGAAGCCCAAGCACGAAAAAUACUCCUGCCGACUGUACCGUAUUGACCAUGAACUUGGCCAGUGGUUUGGAGCGAGCUUUUUCAACCGUCGUGGAGCCUCAUCGCCAGUAUCUCGACCAAAUGAUACAGUGCAGGAGAUUGAACCUUUCUGCCAGCGUGAUCUUGAUCCAGCGCAUAUCUACGUUCUCGAUGCGUUUUUUGAGAUUUAUGUUAUUGUUGGUGAUCGAUCAAAUGCGCGAUCGGCAGAGUUUGCUUCUGCUCUAGUAUUCGCCCAGGAGUACGGAAUUCUCGCUGUGUCUGAGCAAGACCGCCCAUUCCUACCAAAGAGCCAUGUUAUUCUCGAAGGCCUGCCUACAGAAUGCAAACGGGCGUUCAGAAACUGGGACGGCAGACAUUCCCCGGGCACGCUGAACAAGGCUCCUAUCGUCGUUCCGCUGGCCGUGGCCAUUGAUGCGAUCCGAUGA